UGGUUUUGCCACCAUCUGACUGCGCUUGGCCACUUCAGCAGCAUGGAAGCAACAGUCUGCCUUGCUCUUGGCUCUGGCACUUAUGGCCAUCUUCAAUGUAGAAUGUGCCAUACACCCUCAACAGGUUGAUUGCAGUAAAUAUAAGAAGUUACCACCAGGAAAAGAGGGAAUUUGUUAUGAAAUAUAUACACCGAUUUGUGGAUCUGAUGGCGAAACUUACCCUAAUGAUUGCUUCUUUUGUUAUGAAGUUCAGCAAGGAAACCGUGGUGUCUUAUCCCAGAUAACCCUGAAAUCAGAUGUCACCUCCUGAUCUGACUCUGGCACUGGAAUAUAUAGCAUCUCUUUGCAUCUGCACCAACCCA